UAGGUUACGAUCGAACAUGCGCAGAUGCAACAGAGUAUUUUGUUGAUAUCCUGCUUGGUAGUAUUCAUUUAGACUUUGGAUUUUCAAAGCCAAAUUUAUCCCUAGCCUCGGGGUUUUAAUUCUAUAUGAAGGGCUAAUGGAAGACACAAGGGAUUUGGCUGAACGCACCCCGCGUUCAGAGCGGAAGCGGAGAGACUCGUUCGGGAUGUUUGAUGGCUACGACAGCUGCAGCGAGGAGUCUACCAGCAGCUCCAGCUCGGAGGACAGCGAGGACGAGGUGGUGCCCUCCAUCCCCGCCAGCCUGCCCAUCAUCAAGAACAAUGGUCAAGUCUACACUUACCCUGACGGCAAGGCUGGAAUGGCCACCUGUGAGAUGUGUGGGAUGGUUGGAGUACGAGAUGCUUUUUAUUCCAAAACCAAGCGCUUCUGCAGUGUGUCCUGUUCUAGGAGUUAUUCCUCCAAUUCCAAAAAAGCUAGCAUCUUGGCAAGACUCCAGGGCAAGCCACCAACAAAAAAGGCGAAAGUCUUGCAGAAACAACCUCUUAUGGCAAAGCUGGCUGCUUACGCCCAGUACCAAGCAAGUCAGCAGAACCUGGCCAAAUCAAAAGCUGUGGUCCCUGCAGAAACCUUUGAAUGGGGUCGGUAUAUCUGUAGCAAAAACACGAUUGGAGCUCCUGUCAGCUGUUUCAAGCAUGCCCCUAUGGGGAAAUGCUGGGGCGACAUAGAAGAAGGAGUGAGGAUUGAAGUGGUCAACACCGAUUCCAACCUCUCCACUAAGGUGUACUGGAUAGCAGAAAUCAUUAAGCUAGCAGGGUUCAAGGCUCUCCUGCGGUAUGAGGGCUUUGACAACGACACCAGUAAGGACUUCUGGUGUAAUCUCUGCAUCCCUGAAGUGCACCCGGUGGGAUGGUGUGCUUCAAGUGGCAAACCUCUUGUACCUCCAAAAAGCAUACAUCAUAAGUACUCUAACUGGAAAGCCUUUCUUGUGAAGCGUCUCACUGGAGCUAAAACGCUGCCCCCUGACUUUAAUGCCAAGGUACACGAGAACUUGCAGUACCCGUUCAAGAAGCUGAUGCGGGUCGAGGUGGUUGAUAAGAACUACCUGUGCCGGACACGGGUGGCACUGGUGGAGCAGGUAAUCGGAGGUCGCCUCAGGCUGGUCUAUGAGGAGAGCCAGGACGGGUCGGAUGACUUCUGGUGCCACAUGUACAGCCCCCUAAUCCAUAAUAUAGGCUGGUCGCGCAGCAUCGGACACCGCUUCAAACGAUCCGAUGUUACAAAGAAAAUUGAGGGUCAAGUUGAUGCUCCUGCACCGUUCUUCCAUAAGGUAAAAGAUGUGGACCAGAGUGGUGAUUGGUUUAAAGAUGGAAUGAAGUUAGAAGCCAUUGACCCCCUCAACCUCUCAGCUAUAUGUGUAGCCACUGUAAGAAAGGUGUUGGCAGACGGGUACCUCAUGAUCGGGAUCGAUGGUUCGGAGGCUGUGGAUGGAUCAGACUGGUUCUGCUACCACGGCACCUCCCCUUCCAUCUACCCUGUCGGAUUCUGUGAAAUCAACAACAUUGAACUUACGCCCCCUAGAGGGUACACUAAACUGCCAUUUAAAUGGUUUGACUACCUCAGAGAAACAGGUUCAAUAGCUGCUCCUGUCAAGCUCUUUAACAAGGAGAUUCCCAAUCAUGGUUUCCGGCAAGGCAUGAAGCUGGAGGCUGUUGAUCUGAUGGAGCCGCGGCUGGUGUGUGUUGCCACGGUGACAAGGAUUGUGCACCGGCUACUGAGGAUCCACUUUGACGGCUGGGAGGAUGAGUAUGACCAGUGGGUGGACUGCGAGUCACCUGACCUCUACCCCGUAGGCUGGUGUCAGCUGACUGACUACCAGCUCCAACCCCCCGCCUCACAGAGUAACAGAGAAAUGCCUCAAUCUGUACCCAAGCAGAAGAAAAAGGCCCAGCAGUACAAAGGCCAAAAGAAAAAGAGGAAGAUUCCAGUUGGUCGGCGGCCCUUCAGUCAGACAGGCAGGCGGAGGAGCAGCUUCUCGGGGGACGAAGAACAGAGUCCGCCCCCUUAUCCUGCCCAGGGGCCCUCUCGGCCCCGGCCCCGAACCCACCUCCACCAAACCCACAAAUCAGAGUCUCUCCUGCGAAUGAAGGAGGAGACGGCUGAGAUGGACGAGUUUACCUUCUCACAGGGCACCUCCGACCAGGAAAGCAACGGCUCCGGCAGCUACUACAUCAAACAGGAACCCUGAGGUCGGGGCGGAGAAGGACAAACCGGGGCAGGACACCUCUGGAAAACCCCAGCAAGGUCAGGAACUAGGAGAGUCAAACCAGUCUCGAAUCUCACUCAGACCAAUGCCACAGGCCUUCUACGGAGUCAGUACAGGAGAUGCUGAUGACAAGGAGAAGGGGGCACUUUCAUACUUCUGAAAAAUCCUGAAGGGAACAUCCCUCUGAACCAUUUUCUAACCUUGUAGCUGUGUGUGCACAUAAUCAGUCACAAAACCUGGGUCACAUACGUUUGGGCAUUCUCUUUCCUGCCACCUACGGAUGAAACAACAUAAUUCUCUCCUUUCCUGUCUGGAACUUCCAAUCAGACGAGAUAUUCGGAUAGAAAAAGAAAAUCAACCCUUUUCUCACCGAAAUGGGAGUCCUGCAAGUCGACACCAGCCCACCUGCCUCUGCCACAAUCUGGGCCGCGCACAGAGACCUGUAGAAACUGUGAGAACCAUUUAUUGAGCCAGGUCUAGCGUGUGUGUGUGUGUGUGCGCGUGUAUGUGUGUGUGUGUGUGCGCGUGUAUGUGUGUGUGUGCGUGCAUGUGCGUGCGUGCGUGCGUGCGUGCGUGCGUGUGUGUGUGUGUGUGUGUGUGUGUGUGUUUCAGGUCAGAGAGUCAGCCACUGAACAAACGGCCUGCGGAGAAAAGAGAGGCUGGGAGUAAGAGGAACAGAGUUGUGUAUAUUUUGAUUAUUUUCUUCUGAACAAUAUUGCCAGGUGGACUUAUCCUUUGUUAAUAGUACUUGAAGUGGGUUUUUCUUUUAUUUUGUAAUGAUUUUGGAGUUGUUUUUGUCUGAUUGUACUUUUUUUUUUUUUUUUUUUUUUUUUUGCAUUUACAUUUUGGUGGCUGUGUGGAAAACUUAAUGUGCAUUGUUCCAUAAAAGUGACUAUAUUCAUAUAGAAUGUGGAGACCUAUUCAAAUAGAACUACAGAGUAUAAAUAUAAAGGAUUGUGUUUUGAAGAGAGUUGUUAGUACAGUGCUGCUCAGCAUUACUGACUUUUUUUAGUUGCUUUAUUGCUUCCGAUAUUGGCCAGAAGACUUCCCCCGCUGCAGUCAUUUCUGAUUCAACCAUUACAGAAGAUCUAAUUCCCUUUCAACCACAUCAUUUAUUUUUUACCCCCUAAGAUUUAUCAAAGUCACCAAAAUGAAUUAGAUUCUGGAACUAAUUGUUUAUUCGUUGAUUAAUACUUUGACUAUAUAAAUUGUUAUUUGGCAUUUCUCAGCCAGCGUCUGAGGGGCGACAUUAACACUGCUCUCUCUAUUUUAGAACCAAUUUGAUGUGUGUGUGUGUGUGUGUUGUGUGUGGUGUGUGUGUGUGUGUGUGUGUGUGUGUGUGUGUGUGUGUGUGUGUGUGUGUGUGUGUGUGUGUGUGUGUGUGUGUGUGUGUGUGUGUGUGAUUACAGAAAUCCUUUCGCACAUUCCAUAUGGCUUUCACUAACACUGACAUGUGUACAUCUUAAUAUCCUUCAGCUAUAUUGAGUGGGGAAUAUCUGGUUUAUGUUACAAAACUGUGACCUUCGCACAACGUUGUCCUUUCAACCUGCCUGUAGAGAACCGUAGAUUGCGUUAGCUGAGAUAAGCUUAAUCAGGAGAGCACAUAGCUAAUGUGGGAACAGUGUACGGGGGCUUGAUACCCUGAUGUGGACUUUAAGUAGGGACCUAUCGCAGAAAUCAGAGCUCCCACAUUACAACUAACAAGCCCAGGAGUGCCCUCGCUCACAUGUGUGAGUCAUUGUGAGUAUUUCAAUUUCUUUGUGCUGUAAUUUUGAACAGAAAUGAUGACGCUGUGGAGAGAAGUCUUUUCUUCCCAUUUAAAAAAAAUAUCUAAGUUUUAAAGAAAUACUAAAUGAGAAACAGAUGAACCUAGUGACUGUAGGUGAGCUGCAGGGUGUGUUGUAUAAAAGGGAAAUCUUACUGGUAUGAUAGGGUGCACGCUGACGUGUUGUUCUCACUGUCCAACCCUACGACAUGUCCGCUGAGCUUUUACAGUCUGGGUGGAGCUGCUGUCAGGUGACGGACCUCAGACGACACAGCGGACCGAUGUGUGUUCAGCCUAACCGGACAGCUCAGUAUAUUCAGAAUAUUCAAAUAUUAUAGAUGCUGGCGGGUACUUCGCUUACAUACUGUCAAAGGUUUCACUACAGCAGUGAUUCAGACUGCAGACGUGUGUCUCUGUUGUCUUUUGGACAAUGUCUGCUGUAUUUAUACACAGAGGAGGACAUCUGGAACUCCUCCUCCUCCCUCUAUGGAGUCUGAAGUAUGCCAUCAGAGUUAUAGACUUACUCAGUAAUAAAUUAUAGUCACUCAAUACAUUUUAGAAAAGCAAAUGUUUUUUGUUUUGAUAAUGCAUUACAAAUUGAUAUUGGGGAAAAAAGCAACCCUACAUAAAAAUAUCCUUAUGAUAGUUUGAUUUAAAAAUGCAAUGGCAGCAUAGAUUUUUAUUUAAAGAAACCCCCCCCCACCCCCAUAGUGCCUUUCUCCACAGGAGCUCUGAUGGCCAGCUGUGGAUCCGGUCCACGUGGAAUAAUUAAGCAGCAUAAGAUGUGUAAGCAAAGUCAAAUUGAGAACUAAAUACGUGAUUUCUUUUUAAAUGCAUUACUUCAAGUUAAAUUCAAUUAAUGUAUCAUUGCUUUUCAAAAAUGAGUAAUUUAUUGAUGACUAUAAUUAAACACUGAAAACGUGGCACACUUAAGACUCCAUACUUCAGCCAGUGUAGCAUCAGACUUGGGUUUAUGUUAUUGAAAAUAAGAGGUUGGACUCAUCAAACUGUUUUGUCAUCCAUAUACUAAAAAGAAUGUUAAAUAUUUUGUUAGGGUAAUAUGCAAAGCAUUCAUGAUUAUUAUUUUUUUUUUUUGUAUUGCUUAGGUUGUUUUUAUGUCAGAGCCAUAUGUAUGCAAGCUAGUUUAUGUUUCACCUGAGCCACACAAUAACAGGUUUGUUGUCAAUAAUGAAACAUGAAAAUGCUUUUCCAAUAGUCUGAGGGCAGCAUUCACAUAACACAACGGCAUCUAAAAGUGGCAUAAAUACAUACAGUAUAUUAUAUAUAUAUGCUUCAUGACUAUGAUGGUAUGGAGUUACAAAAGACUAGACUCCUUUCAUUCUUCUUAGAGCUAAAUCUUUGCAGCUGUUUAUCUACUACCUCCUGAUGCUAGCCACGUUUAGCUAAAAUGAAAAUAAAAAGACCGCGUGAAAUAGACUAUGGAAUUGUGUUAGCAUAUGCAAAUGAAGAUGAUUAGCUAAAACGAUCCACUUGAAGACUAGACACCAAACAUGGAAGAAUUUUAUCACCGCACAUGACGUAGUCUUCUAAUUUGAAUGAUAUGCAAUAAUAAUAGAUCCCGUAUUAUUUUGCUAUGUUAAAUAAAAGGUAUAGCACCCUCAAAUGUCAUGAUCACUACAUGAAUAUAAUUAACAUAUGAGAUAAUUUAACAAAAUGGUAUUGUAUAACUGUGAUUUAUUUUGUGAGCGUGGGUUCACAUACAGAAAUGCAGAGCAGAUUUAAAACUUCUCAGUGACGGUAAAUGAUCCAUCAUUUCUCUUUCUACCAGUAAGGUUCAUAAGUAGAUUCUCAGGAAGAUUGUUUCUCUUUUUUUUAUUUUAUUUUUCGGGUGUAAGCGUCGUAACAAGUCUGAAUUAGCUGGGUUUGAGAGGCUCAAAUGCAAAUCAUGUGCAUCUUUUUGGUGAAAGAAAAUAACACGUAGUAACUAGAAACCUUAUGAGCAACUGAAAUAGUACUCCAGUUACAAUAGUAACCACUACACACACGAUGCUGUAAUGUCAUAUGAAACUCUUGGAUUUAUUUACUUUUCAAGCAAAUUUCUUUUUCAAUUGUUGCACACAAAUUCAGAUAGAAGAUCCUUAAAAAUUAUAUAUAGUCUAGUUCAUUUUUAUCUUAAGUCUUGUGCGAUAAUUAUCAUCAUCAUCAUUUCACCUCUUGUUUUAGACAUGUAUUAAACUCUUUCGAAGUCAAAUUUUUGAAAUUGCACCAUUUUAAACUAACCUGACAUACAAUGAAAUCAUAGCAGUUCAAAUGGGUAGUUUUCAGAGUUAAGUAUAUUAAUACUCUCAAUUCAGUGGUAUUAAAAAUGAAGUAUCCCGUAGUGGUUACAUUUCACAUUGAGGUAUUCAUUUGCUUUCCAGACUAAUUGUUAGGGCCGUUUUUUACUUCCAUAUUAUUCAAACAACAGUUGUCUUAUCUCACUAGCAACUUCAUGUCUUCUUGUCCAUGUUUGUAGUUUUUCUUGUUAAAUUCUUCAUGGAAAUGAGUCACAAACGUGGCUGGAUGUGUGUUGCUUUCUGUAGCGUGAUUUGUUCUUUUUGUGGCUUCCGCUUUUUCUUUUAUUUCUUGACGGGAUAUGAGAUUUGUUUUUGUUUUUUUUUACCAGUUUUUCCUUCCUUCCUUUUGAUUUGUCUCCUGAUCAGAUUGGAUACAAAGCGCAGCUGAAACGCUCAGCUUCUAAGACCAAAUGAGCAAUAAAAGACAGUGUGUCACAAUCAUUUGAUGCAGACAGGUCUCAGGUUCGGAUCUGUCACACCAGUUAUUUCCUUCUGACGUUGGAUGCAUAAAGUACUCCAUGACCAAACUGCAUUAAUAUCUUAGUACAAAAAAAAAUAAAGAAAGACUCUUCUAUGGACUAACUGCUGCUACCCUCUUCUAGAUUAACCCUAAAUAAUCAAAUGCACAAUCAACACUGUUUGGGAUCUGUUUCUCAUGUUUCCUUGUAGAUAUUAAACUUUAUUGUUUCACCUUGAUCCCCGAAUCUAAGAAUGGAACAGGCUUGUCCUCCGCCCACGGGUCGCUGUGUAUUUAAAGUGUUUGGGCAUCAGUAGGUGGAGGUGGAGGUGGAAGCAGUGGGUUGACGUGGGAUUGGCUGCGCCGAUCUGCUCCAUGCAUGUAGAACAGAACACGUUGUGCCGAUGUUGUGCUGAGCUUGUUUUUUUUGUUGUGACCGUCAUUGGUUGUUCUCCGGCCUGUGUACUUCCUCUGCCGCUGUAAUCGACGUAUGGAAGCCCAUUGCUGCCACGAAUAUUAAGAAAAUAUAUUAAAGUUGGGCUUGAUGUAAAAUACUCAUGCAAGGCCCACAUUUUUAAGAAAUAGGACAAGAUACUCAUUCAAAAUUCUGACUUACUAAUGCAUGGUGCGUACUUAAAUUAAACAUUCAAAGACAAUUAAAAAAAUUUAGCUCUUCUCAAUGUUGACCAAAUUUUCAUAGCUAUCUUAAUUUUGGCUUAGAAGGUCAACAUUAUUACUUGGCACCUCACAAUUUGGACUAUCAAACAUGUGAUGCCUUUCAUGUUGACUAUUAUAAUUUUGGCAUCAAAUGUGGAGGUGUCUCAUAACUGAAAAGUAAAUUUUGAUUUGCGGAGUAUUUGUUCUUUCCCUGAGAGUAAUGGGCCUCCAUACCAGGACUCUGCAGAGUUCCUCCUGCCCCUGGACGGGUUCUGCCAGAUGUGCACAGUGGUGAGGAACCGGCUGGAGAUGAAUAUUUGUUUUUUUCUUGGAUACUAACACGGGUCUUUUGUAUGUGAUAGCCCCCCUGAUUAUAUUAAACCAUUAUAUUGUGGUGCUAUAUAUAUUUGAUAAAAAUGACUUAAUGUAUUGGGAUUACUAUUGUCUGAAAAUAAUUGUGAGUUUAGAGGGUUAUGGUGCAAAAUUUAUUUUGGAUACAAAUGAGAAAAAAAAAAAAUCUAUGUUAAUAGUUAUAAAUCUAUUGAUAUUAACAUUGACCCCUGAGGUACAUUAUUAGAUUGCAGUUUAAAGUUUGUACAUCUUUUUGAUAGUGUAUACCAUUUUCCUUUCAUAUGGUAAAUUUGUGCUGUGAUCGAGCUUUGAUAGACUUUGUAAAUAAAGCCAAAUGUUUGGAUCAUAUAUUGGUUGUAAUGGAUGGCUUCUUUGUUUACAACUGUCCCGCAUGGCUGUGAAAGUUUAUCUGGUGGUUUUUGUAAGAUCGGACUUUUACACUGAAUAAAAAGGCUUACGACUUCAAA